CAGAUAUUUGUCAUAUGUUUGCCAGAUGUUUGUCAUGUGUUUGCCAGAUAUUUGUCAUGUGUUUGCCAGAUAUUUGUCAUAUGUUUGCCAGAUAUUUGUCAUGUGUUUGUCAGAUAUUUGUCAUAUGUUUACCAGAUAUUUGUCAUGUGUUUGCCAGAUAUUUGUCAUGUGCUUGUCAGAUAAUUGUCAUAUCUUUGCCAGAUAUUUGUCAUGUGUUUGUCAGAUAUUUGUCAUAUGUUUGCCAGAUGUUUGUCAUGUGUUUGUCAGAUGUUUGUCAUAUGUUUGCCAGAUGUUUGUCAUGUGUUUCCCAGAUGUUUGUCAUAUGUUUGCCAGAUGUUUGUCAUAUGUUUGCCAGAUAUUUGUCAUGUGUUUGUCAGAUAUUUGUCAUAUGUUUGCCAUAUGUUUGUCAUGUGUUUGCCAGAUAUUUGUCAUAUGUUUGCCAUAUGUUUGUCAUGUGUUUGCCAGAUAUUUGUCAUAUGUUUGCCAGAUAUUUGUCAUGUGUUUGUCAGAUGUUUGUCAUGUGUUUGUCAGAUAUUUGUCAUGUGUUUGUCAGAUAAUUGUCAUAUCUUUGCCAGAUAUUUGUCAUGUGUUUGUCAGAUAUUUGUCAUAUGUUUGCCAGAUGUUUGUCAUGUGUUUGUCAGAUAUUUGUCAUAUGUUUGACAGAUGUUUGUCAUGUGUUUGCCAGAUGUUUGUCAUAUGUUUGCCAGAUGUUUGUCAUGUGUUUGCCAGAUGUUUGUCAUGUGUUUGCCAGAUGUUUGACAUAUGUUUGCCAGAUGUUUGUCAUGUGUUUGUCAGAUGUUUGUCAUGUGUUUGCCAGAUGUUUGUCAUAUGUUUGCCAGAUGUUUGUCAUGUGUUUGCCAGAUGUUUGUCAUGUGUUUGCCAGAUGUUUGACAUAUGUUUGCCAGAUGUUUGUCAUGUGUUUGUCAGAUGUUUGUCAUGUGUUUGCCAGAUAUUUGUUGUCACGAACUAGGGAGGGCUGGGCCCGAGCAGAGAGCCACACUACCAAGACCAGAGGAGAUUUAGAGUGAUUUAUUG